GCAGCGACUGACGUCACUGUGCGUCCGCGCAACCGUAGUCUCACCCACUGCAGCUAGGCGCGGGAGCGCGCGGGAGGAAGGUGAGUCGGGGCCGCGCCUGCUUCAACGAGAGCGCCCCCCCCCCCGCGAGUGCGCGCCUGACGAGACGCUCGGCUACAGGAGACCUUCUCAUUGUCUGUCCAAUGGCCGUGGGGGCCUCGGCGGGCGGAGGAGGAAAAAAAUAAACCUAAACAUUGUGGUGGACAGGACGGCCCCCGUAGUGUAGUGGAGAGCCGCUCCGGUACCGCAGUCCGUGUGCUGAGUGCCCGUCGUUCGCUCUAUUGUCCUCCUGCUCCAUUCAUUGUGUCGUGCUCUCCGUAUAUCUCCUCUCGUUAUUCUCCCCUCACGCACUGCCCGUUAUUAUCCGUUACACGUUUUUUUUUUUUCUCCUCAUCUCCUGAGGUAAAUGUCGGGAGCGCGCAGGUGAGGUGAGGGGGCGCGCACGGCUCGUGUCCGCGCUUGUUGCUCGGUGUGUGAUGAGCGGCGGCGGGGAGACCCUCCUGUAACCGGCGCCCCCCUCUCCGCACAUCUCCGUAUAACGCGCUCCCCUUCCCCGGUAUAGUAUUCUCCCUCCUCCAUGACAGGACACAGCUGCCGGUGACGAGGAGAGGGGGGCGGCCGAAAUCCGUUAUCAGCAGCCGGUGAGACCCGUGAGGAGGCGGGGUCUUAAAUCUGGAAGGAUCAUUUACUGUAUAUUCUGUGAAAACUUGAACAGCAAAUCUGAGGAAAAUGGCGACUGAUUCUGGGGAACCUACAAGCACUGAUGAGUCUGACAAACCAGCUGGAUUUUCUGCAGAAAAGAACCUUGUCCCCCAGGGAUCUUAUCUGGUUCGACAUGUCAGCAUGGAAGAGAGUGACAAACCUUUAUCUGCUUCAGGGACUAGUGAAAGAAAGCGAUUUUUUAGAAAGAGUGUAGACAUUACCGAAGAUGACAGGAUAUUGGAGCAGCCCCUCAAAGAGGAAAAGGUUGCUGGCUGUGAGAGCAUACAGCAAGUGGAUGGCCACUUGGCAAAUGUCAUAUGUGUAGGCCAGGAUGACAAGAAUGAACCGAAAGUGGUAUCUGAUGUCUUUAAGGACUCCCCUAGGGAGAAAACAGAGAAGGAAAUGGAGGAGGAGGCAGAAAUGAAAGCCGUGGCAACUUCUCCUGGUGGCCGAUUUCUGAAGUUUGACAUUGAGUUGGGCCGUGGGGCUUUUAAAACAGUCUUCAAAGGACUGGACACUGAGACCUGGGUAGAAGUUGCUUGGUGUGAGCUGCAGGACAGGAAAUUAACCAAAGCAGAGCAGCAACGAUUCAAAGAAGAAGCCGAGAUGUUAAAGGGGCUUCAGCAUCCAAACAUUGUGCGUUUUUAUGAUUCUUGGGAAUCCGUACUGAAGGGAAAGAAAUGCAUAGUCUUGGUGACGGAACUGAUGACGUCUGGCACUUUAAAAACUUACUUGAAAAGGUUUAAAGUAAUGAAGCCGAAAGUGUUAAGAAGUUGGUGUAGACAAAUUUUGAAAGGGCUGCAGUUCCUACACACCCGGACCCCUCCUAUAAUUCAUCGUGACCUGAAAUGUGACAACAUCUUCAUUACGGGGCCCACUGGUUCUGUGAAGAUCGGAGACCUUGGUUUGGCCACAUUGAUGCGGACAUCCUUUGCGAAGAGUGUGAUCGGAACCCCAGAGUUUAUGGCCCCCGAAAUGUACGAGGAGCAUUACGACGAAUCUGUGGAUGUCUAUGCAUUUGGCAUGUGCAUGUUGGAAAUGGCUACCUCAGAAUAUCCGUACUCUGAAUGCCAGAACGCAGCUCAGAUCUACCGCAAAGUAACCAGUGGUAUUAAGCCUGCCAGUUUUAACAAAGUGUCUGACCCGGAGGUAAAGGAAAUCAUCGAGAGCUGCAUACGGCAGAACAAAACUGAAAGGUUAUCGAUUAAGGACCUUUUAAACCACGCUUUCUUUGCCGAAGACACCGGGCUACGAGUUGAGUUGGCAGAGGAGGAUGAUAGCGUCAGCGCUUCUCUAGCUUUAAGACUAUGGGUAGAAGAUCCCAAAAAACUCAAAGGAAAACACAAAGACAAUGAAGCUAUAGAGUUCAGCUUUAACUUAGAACUAGAUAAUCCUGAAGAAGUGGCUUAUGAAAUGGUAAAGUCUGGGUUCUUCCAUGAAAGUGACAGCAAGGCUGUGUCUAAAUCUAUACGUGAUAGAGUUUCCCUAAUCAAGAAGACGAGGGAAAGGAAGAUGCUGGCAGAUCACAUAGAGGAGCGUCGGGACUCGCAGAGCAGAGCUGUUGCGGCACCGGUAGCGCAGACAAGCGCCCCUGUUCCUGCUAGUGUGGCCCAGCCAGGAGUGAAUGAGAGCGAGGAGACUGAGGUGGAUCAACAUGUGCGCCAGCAACUCCAGCAGCAGCAGUAUCAGCAGUGCUCAUCUGUUACAGCUGAUAGCUUGUCCGAUAUAGGAGGAGGAUCUAUUACGCUGUCAGAUGCUUCCAGUCAGCACAGUGCAGUCUAUGCUACUUCCCAUGAAGCAAUAACUGUUCAGCAAGUCCCAGGCAUGCCUCAAACCGAGCCCGGUCAUGCGGGACAGUUCUACCCACAGCAGCACGUCAUGGGUCACUAUCAGCAAACCCAAACGAUACCCAUGCCACAAAUGAUAUCUGUGCAGUGCAUGGCUCAGCCUGGCUCUCCAUACCAGCAACUACCAGUGAUGGACGGGCAGCUUAGUGCACAGCCUAUGGAUGCACAAAUGGCAUUUUCAGCAGAAGGGAAAGCUCUUCCUCAAUCCAACACCUUAGAUACUUCAGGAAUGCCAGUGAUGCAGUCAGCAAUUUCCGCAUUGUCCCCUCAAAUAAUGUCUUCUCAAAUGGCAACUCAGCAACCAAGGGCGGGCAUUCAGCUUGACUCUUGUGGCCUAACAGGUGUACAAAUUCUUGCUGCGCCAGCUGUAGAAAAUCAAGUUCCAACACUUCUCCCUGUAUGCCAUCCAACUAUGUUAAAUCAGUAUGGCAUGCAGAAUGUGGUGCCGCAGACACAAAACGUAAUGGGAGUCCAGGGUACUGUACAGCAACAUCAGUUAGCUGCGGUACAGCAGUCACAAAUGCCUUCUCAAGACCAUUCGGCAUAUUUAUUAAAUUUACAGCAAGGACAGAACUUUCACAUGCAGACACACCUGGAGCAGCUACAAAGCUCAAACCCUCAGACUUCCUACCAAAGUCCAUUGAUGCAACAAACUGUUGUGGAUCCAACACCUAAAAUAAUACACUCUACUGCAGUUGCACAGGACACUGUUUUACAACAAAUGCGUACUGAACAUCCACACGAGGUAGAACAUUUGUCAUUCACAGCUCCAAUAUCUGCUGUCCCUGAAGCUACUGGACAUACACAACAAUUUUUGGCAUUAUCUGUACAUGAGCAGCUUCCAAACAACCAGCAUCCACAGUUACAGGUUCCUAUCAAACAGACUUCCUUUGUUCAGGAACAAGCAGCAUACGCACUGCACAUUGCCAAACCUUCAGUAGGGGAGCAGCCAGUGGUUUCUCAACAUGUUGGAGCACCUUCUGAGCAGUUUCCAACCCAUCUGAACGCUGUGCAAAAUCCUGCAGAGCAGCCUCUUUAUAUCCAGAUUCCUCCAAUGGAAGUUUAUGGUCCGCAAUCUGUUGUGGCCCCUGAUCAGACUCUUAUUGACCAAAAAACGGUAGCACCAUCUGAGCAGACUACUUUUGUGCAUCACACGGGGGUCUUAUCUGAACAACUGAUCUAUAACCAGCAAAUUCUGCAGUCAGCAGACCAGAUGCAUUACAUACAGCAAAAUAUGCCUUUGCCCGAACAUUUUACUCAUGCCCAACAGUCAGUUUAUCCACAACAAUCUCUCUUACCUGAAAAGCCUGCCUAUCCACAACAAGGCACAUCAGCUGAACAACUUGUAUAUGUACAACAGACUACAUCAGUUGAGAAUCCAGUAUAUGCUCAGCAAAUGUCAUCAGUUGAGCAGCAAGUAUAUACUCAGCCAUUAUCGCAAUCAUCUGAGCAGAAUAUGUAUGCCCAGCAAACUAUACCGCCAUCCGAUAAGCAUGGGUAUGCCCAGCAAGUUCAUCCAUCAGACCAACCUGUGUAUGUGCAGCAAAAUGUACCUCCACCAGAGAACUCCAUGUAUUCUCAGAAAAUCAUCCCACCAACUGAGAAACAAUUGUAUGCCCAACAAACUGUGCCCUCACCCAUGCAACAACCUGUGUAUGUGCAGCAAAGCCUGCCACAAAACACUGAACAGCUGCCAGUGUGUUCCAAGCAAGGUGCAACCCUACCUGAACUGCAGCCAGCAUAUGGAAAACAAGCUGUGCCACAACCAGAGCUACAAACUGUGUAUACCCAGCAGGUUUUACCACCACCUUUAGAGCAGCAGCCUGUAUACCCCCAGCAUACUAUACAACAUGCUGCACCACCUGAACAACCAGUAUAUGCUCAGAGUUUAAUUCCUUCAGCUGACCAACCUGUGUAUGUUCAGCAUGUGAUGCCACAAGUGGAGCAGCCUGUGUGUGCACAGCAUAUGGUGCCACCAAUAGAGCAGCCUUUAUGUGGUCAAUAUGCAGGACCACCGCCCAAGCAGCCUGUUCCUAGCCAGCAUGUGAUGCCUCCAUCUGAGCAGCAGCAGCCUAUAUGUGUACAGCCUGCCAUGGCACCUUCUGAGCAGCCAGUUUAUGCUCAUCAAACAAUGCCACCUUCUGAGCAAAGCAUAUAUGGCCAACAACAACCUAUACAGCCAUCUUUACAGAAAGCAGACAUAUUUAUCAAUUCACAGCAAGCUCCAAAGGACCAGAUCAUAUUUAAUCGUGAACAGGCUCCACCAAGUGAACAACAGUACAACCAGCAAGCUGUGCCGUCCUCUGACAGUUCGGGUUAUGUUCAACCAUCUCUUGGCCCUGCCACUCAACAAGUUUAUACGCAGAAUCUGACUCCUUCGGUUGAUCAGCAAGGAUAUACUCAGCCCCCACCUCCUCAAAUUAUACAGAAUAAACAAUUACUCACUGCUGUAGCAUUUACACAACAUUCAGCACCAGCGGCUGAGCAGCAUGUGCAUGGACCCAUUUCUCCAGCUGCACAGUCCACCUACACUUCACAAGUUCCAGUGGUUGACCAGGCAUAUGUACAUCAGACGGCAACUCCUGCUGAUAAACAGGUAUAUGCUCAGCAGACAGUACCUCAAUCCAACACAGUUAUGUACAGUUCUCAGCCCAUGCAACCUACCAAUCAGCCUGUAUAUGCAGCAGUGCAGCAUGCUCUUCCUGUUGUAGAAAAUCCAGUGUUACACAGUCAAUCUAUCCCUUCUAUGCAAGGACAUUCAGACAGACUUGCUUAUGCUCAGAAUUCAGUACCUUCUGAAAGCCUAGCCCAAGCAAUGCCUGCAAUACCAGCUGCAGAGACACAAGGCUAUCCUACACACAUAUUACCCUCUGAGUUCCCAAUAAACCUUCAGCUACAGAAAACUAUGACCCCACCACUUGACUACAGACCAGAAGUACAGGCAGAAAAUGUAGUUUUUUCACAGCAGUCUAUACAGUCUCCAGAUAAACAAGCCUUAUUGGUUCAAUCAGAUCAAAGCUCUUUGCCUUCUGUGGGGCAGCAGCCUACAAACCAAGGUUUUGUACAAGUGGGGGGCAUAAAACAGAUUGUUUCUGUCCCAAUUUCCUAUGUACAAGCUGGCAUCCUUUCUUCUGAACAUGAUCAGAGCGGUCAGCCUUUGAUGGCCCAACCACAGCAGAACAGCCAGCAAAAUAAUAUGCAGGCAAAUGCUUCUCUCCCAACCCAAGAAUCCUAUAUGCAGAUGCAGCAUCCACCUGUACAAGCAUAUGAGCCACAGAUAAUGGACAACAUGCGGUUAAUGCCUGGAAUGCUUCCUGUAUCUCACACCAAGGAUGCUGUGAACCAGAACUCUCUACAAAAUCAAGUUUAUUCUGCUUCUGAGCAGCCGGCACCAAUCCUACAGCAGCAGCAGCAGCUUCCUCUGCCUGACAACCAUGAAUCAUCACAACAACCUGGCUACCCUAAUCCUAUGUCACAGCCGUCUUGCGUGACUUUAGCUGGAACUGAGAAUAUUAUCCCUCAGGAUAUGUACCAGCUUCCUGCUCAGACCCAUCAGCCAGAUCCUAAAUUCCAACAGGUACAUCUGGCAGAACUGUCUGGUGUUCAGAAAGUUGACCCUGUGCACAGCACCCAGGCGGACUAUCCCAGGGACAACACUGCCUUUACUGAUGGACCCCUUGGAAAUGGCAAGCACGAAAAGAUGAAACAACGUCGAGCGUCCUGCCCAAGGCCUGAUAAAAUGACUCGAUUCAAUCUGUCCUUCUUAGGGGUUUCAAGAUUUGGUGAUAACAUGGUAGAAUGCCAACUGGAAACUCAUAACAACAAGAUGGUCACUUUUAAAUUUGAUGCAGACGGAGACGCUCCAGAGGACAUUGCCCAUUAUAUGGUUGAAGAUGACUUUGUCCUGGAAGCUGAAAAAGAUAAGUUUGUAGAGGAAUUGAAGCUGAUAGUAACUCAAGCCCAGGAGAUACUGCGCAGCAUACCUGUGGAGGAGAGAGCUGAACCUCCCAUAUCAGAGUCAAAUAGCCAAAUGGGAUCUUCUGAGCAUGUGCAAAUAGCACCCCCGGCAUCUGCCCCACCCGGAGGGGACUCUGCGCCACAGUCGUCACCCGUUGGGCGAUGGAGGUUUUUCAUCAACCAGACAAUUAGAAACCGUGAAGCGCAAUCCUUUAUCACCCAGAGUGCAGUUACCAGAGUUCCUCAGCAAGCUACAGGACCACAUAAUGAAACAAGGCGUAGUCUUCCUGAGGAUCUUUCUAGUGCUAAGCAAAACUGCUCCUUUCAGACAGGACAUACUCUAGUCUCCACAUCCUCAGAAGGCCAGGUUUCUUCCAAAGAUACAGAGCCUCUGGUAGUUAUCCCUCAUGUGUUAAAUGGUAGUGAAGUCCUCUCAUCUACCAUUAAUAGCAAUGGCUUAGCAGAAAAUCAGAUUCAGAAAGAGCCUGAAUUAUAUAACAACAAUAUAGCUGUGAUAACAGAAGCUCAGCACCCUGCCAUUCUCGCUGGUAGUGAUCUGAAUGCUCAAGUGGCAAAUAGUAGUGGUUCCACAGUGGAGUCUGUUGUCCAACCCACUUCUGGUCCCUUGUCUGCUCAAAAUACCACGCUUAUGUCUCUUAGUCUUACAAAGUCCGACAGCAUCGGACCUUCAGAAGCUCCAUACUAUCCGCAGACACCUGUCUCUGAAGUGUCGCUUGUGCAUUCAACUUCAGUUCAGGAGUCUGACAGCGAAGGUCCCCCAAAAAUAGAAUAUUCUGAUAACUGUAUCAAAACCCUUGAUGAAAAAUUGAGAAACCUGUUAUAUCAAGACAGCUCUGCCAGCUCUUAUGCCGACAGCCAGAAGGAGACCCAGAGUACAGAAUCCCCCCUUUCAUCUUCUGCUGAGGAUACCCUGUCUUGUCCUGCCCCUGACGCAGCGAAUCCUGACAGUAUUCAGGCCACUCCGGAACAGACAGAGCCUGUUGAUCCCAUUCCCAUCAAAGCUGCUGAAGCGGUCAUUGCGGUUCCUGGUGAAUUAACACCUUCUGAAAGCUCUGAAGACGCCUGGCAUCCUGGAAGUUCUUCUCAUGCCUGCACCAAACGUUCUAUGGGCACUGGAGCCGCGCAUCUACAGACAGGAGCUGAUGAUGAUGGUGUGAGACGAGAAGUACCUGACGCUACGCAAAUGGUGGUAGAAGCACUGGCUGAAUGUGCCUUGUCCGAGGGAUCCUCAUCAGGUAGCAGUGCCUUCAAACGUGGACGUUUUCAGGUUGUCACAGUUCCACAACAAGAGCAGACCGUUGCUGCUGAAUCCCCCACUAUUCCUUCAACAUCCUUGCAGUCAGAAAAGGCCAUUUCUGCAGAUGAGACAGAGUCUGCUGUCACCAAAGCUGAGGAGACUCCCCAGUCUGCCAGCACAACAUGUGAGACAGAUGCAUCUUCCCUUACCCCUGAUCGGGAGCUCGAGGAAACCUCUGCCACAGGCAGCAGUGCUCCAUCUAAUUCAGCAGUGUGGAUGAAAGAUAUCAAGAAACAAAGCAGUUUUACAAAGCAGCCUAGUAGUGACUCUGAAAUGUCUACAGCCCAUGGUAGAGCCCAGAAUUUUAAACCACAUGAGGCUUUGGAGAACUGCGUUGGUGAAAAGGCCUACAUGCAAAAACAGAACUCCCUUCUCUAUUCUCCAUCUUCUCCCAUGAGUAGCGAUGAUGAAUCAGAAUUGGAGGAUGAGGAUUUAAAGGUGGAACUUCAGAAACUUCGUGAAAAGCACAUUCAGGAGGUGGUAAGCUUACAAGCCCAGCAGAACAGAGAACUACAAGAAGUAUAUGCACGCUUGCGUACUUUGAGGGAGAGCAAAGCACAGUUCUCUGACAAUUCUUCCCAACAAAUGUCUCCACGUCGCCCCAGGUCUCUUAAAAGUAAGCAGCGAAGUAGGCCACAGUCUCUAAGCCACAUGGAUAAUGGGAUUGGACAUUCAGAUCAGCAAUGCAGUGAGAGCAACUCUGAUGCCUGCCAGCAGUCUGUCUCUGAGAAGAAGAGCCUGUUCACUGAUGAUCUGCAUAAACUGGUGGAUGACUGGGCAAAGGAAAACAGCUUACAACAAAAACCCAGCCUGAAUCAGAUCAAACUCAACCAGAACCGCUCAGACAAUGAUGGUUGGAGUCGGGUUAAUGAGGCUUCACCAGUCACGACAGGCUUCCCAUCGACUUGGGUCCCGCAGAUUCAUGGAACUGGUCCUGCUGCUAUCUCUCAAUCACUUGUACUCCAAAAUUUUGCAUCCGGAGGCAUUCAAUCAUACCCAAUGCCACACGCCUGCCAGCUCAAUGCAAUGGGCAGUGGUGGCUACCCUGUACAGUGGUCUAAUCAGACGUCAGGCCAUCCCGCACAGCACCUUGCAGCAUACCAGCCUGGAAUUGGAAUGCAAUCAUUUCCCUCCUCUACAAUCCCAUCCUCCCCCAAAUGAUCCAUUUCAAUAAUUAUUGACUUUUCUCUGGGAUUUCCCUGCCUUCCUGUACAGACUACAUCGGACAUCCACUCGCUGUUUCUUUGGUUGUUUUACCUCUUUGGUUGUGAUACAAGCGUGUGCUGUUAUUUCCCUUUACUGGGGAUUUUUUUCCUAUGUGCUGUGUUGUGUGAAUUGGGUUUGAACGUACCCUAGUUGCUACACAUAGUCAUUCUGCAAUGUGAUUUCACUUUUUACUUAUCUUCGAAGGAACUCCUGGUGCCAUACAGGUGAAUGAAUGUGUCUCUGCCUUCACAAGAAACUGCAGCCAAGCAAAGUACUGAGUGAGAGGUAUGGGGAAUAUUUCACAGGAGUCAUAUUCCCCCAUCACCUCCAGAGCCUUUGUACAGGGUUACACAGCACAACAAUGUCUCCUUUCUACUACAUAAUCCGCUUGUGGCUUUUUCAGUUUCUUCGCCCUUUGUCUGUUUGGAGGAUGAACACUCCCCCAAAAAUCUGUCUUCUGGUUAUUUUAGUUCUGUCCAGUGAUUCAGUUUUAAAAUAUCCUAAAGCAGAAGCUCCCUACACCAGCUCUAGAAUAAUGUGAAUUGAUAUGCGUGAUUGUGCAAGAAGUGGCGUUUUUUUGGGAUGCUUUCUACCUAGGCAGUCGUACAAUUUUGCUGUACUUUGACAACAAUGAUGAUGAGCUUUAUUGGCUCCAGAGCCAGCGGUGCUUGGUUUCUUUUCUUCUAAUUUAGCCUUGCUCUGGAGUCCAGUGUUUCUAUGGCUUCACCUGCAUGCAUUUUAACACUCCGCUCCCCCCCCCCCCCCCCCAGUACCUUCUCAUAACAUAGAGGCCUUCUAGCUUCUGUCUUUCGCACAACUGCUGCUUCUGCUUUGCCUGCAGACUCUUGCUGUGCCUUGGGGGAUAUCGUACAUUAUGCCAUCUUUGAAUUUGAUGAUAUGCCUUUUGCUGUACUUAGAACUCAGUCUAUAGGCUUUGGGCAUUUUAAGUUGAGAUCGUUGUAAAAACAUUUUUAUACUAGAACACAUUUUUUUUUUCCUAUUUCUGUUUUUAUUGUUUUUAUUUCGUUUUUUUUCUUUUUUUGGAGGGCUUUAAGAGAAGGAUGUUUGACAAUGUUGCAGACAAAUCGUCUAAAGACGUAUCAAGAAAGUAAGGCAAAAGGGAAUCGUAAAUCUAUAAAAAAAAAAAAUACCCUUUUUUUUAGUUUUCCCUUGAGUUUAGAUGACAGCAGUGAGUGGUGCUGAACUGGUCCCGUUAUGCAGCAAAUGAAAAGGGUGAGUCCACACAGGACUGUAACUCUGCAGCUCAUGUGGAUUUGUGCAGGAUACUGUACUUGGCACAUGGCUGACUUCUACAAAUCGCAUCCAUAUGCUUGACAAAUAUUUUGUAUGGAACUUGACCUGCGAUGCAGAUCUUUUUCCAGAGCAUUCAAAUUUAUUGCACAUUUCCCCCUUGAGCUUCAUUUCUUCAGUGUAUAGGGGUGAAAUUGAUGUAUGAAAAUUCGCAUAUAAUUUACCCUUACACAAACGGCUCCUAUAAAAAUGAAGGUCUGCUCCCCCCCAACCCCCCCCCCCCC